CCGGAAAUAAGACAUGGAAAAAGAAAAUUUUGUCAUUUCUGACAGUUUUGAGCUUGAAGCUGCGUUAUUAGAGAUAGAUUGUGACAAUAAGAAAUAUGAUAUCAUUAGGAGACAUAUAGAGAAUGUUGAUGAGAAGAAUAAGGAAACAGCAUUGGAUUUUGAGCCCAAUUGGGAAUGGCUGAAUACAUCAACCCCUCUAUCACUCAAAAAGGACCUUCAUGGAAAAAUAGUGGUGCUAGACUUCUUCACCUAUUGUUGCAUCAAUUGUAUGCACGUCCUUCCAGAUCUUGAAAACAUCGAGAAACAAUAUUCUAUUGAAGAUGGCGUAGUUGUUAUUGGUGUCCAUUCAGCAAAAUUCACAAAUGAAAAGUUGUCGGAUAACAUCAAAAAUGCUGUGCUUCGAUAUAAUAUCACACAUCCUGUUGUAAAUGAUGCUGAUGCUAAAAUUUGGACUGCUAUGGGAAUCCAGUGCUGGCCAACUUUUGUUGUACUUGGUCCCAAUGGUCAACAACUGCUUCAUCUAAUAGGAGAAGGACACGGUAAACAAUUACAAGAUUUUGUCAAAGUUGCAAUUGACCAUUACAGAUCGAAGGAUUUGAUUAGUGACAGGACAUUGCCUUUGAAAUUGUUAAAAGAAGACUUGGAACAGUCUGCUCUGUCUUAUCCUGGAAAGGUAUCUGUCAGUAAAAAUGGGAUGUUACUCGCUAUCGCAGACACGGGACAUCAUCGGAUACUCAUCACUGACAGACAAGGGACUGUGAAGUUUGUUAUUGGUGGAAGUUCAAAAGGGAACAAAGAUGGUAGUUUCGAGAACUGUCAGUUUUAUUCUCCACAAGGUGUCACCUGGUUUUCCGACAGCAUCCUUUAUGUGGCGGACACAGAGAAUCAUACAGUCAGAAAGCUUGGUCUAGAGAGUGAGUCAGUCGAAACCGUUGCAGGAACUAGCAUCCAGGGUAAAGAUAAGGAGGGAGGAAAAACUGGUGUAGAACAGCCUAUCAGUUCCCCAUGGGACCUCACCAUUGGGAAAUCACCAGGAUCUGCCACAGACAAUGUCCUCUUUAUUGCUAUGGCUGGCACACACCAGUUAUGGGUCCUCUUCCUUGAUGACACUAAAUGGUACAAAGGCAGCCAACAUAAACAAGGUGUGUGUUUGAGAUUUGCUGGCUCAGGAAAUGAGGAAAAUCGCAACAACAACUAUCCACACAAUGCUGGUUUUGCUCAACCCUCAGGAAUCACAAUAGGUGGCACUAUAGACAACCCAUGUCUGUUCGUUGCAGAUAGUGAGAGUUCAACAGUAAGAAUGGUCACUUUGAAAAAUGGUGCUGUAAAAGCACUCAUUGGUGGAGAAAGAGAUCCCACUAAUCUAUUUGCGUUUGGUGACAAAGAUGGUAAAGGUUAUGAUGUGAGGUUACAACAUCCACUUGCUGUCACCAUGCAGUCUCCACUUGAUGGACAUCUACUUGUUGCUGACUCAUACAAUCAUAAGAUCAAGUCUAUUGACAUUAAUACCAAAGCUUGUUCUACAAUCAUUGGUUCUGGCCAAUCAGGGGACAGUAUUUGCAGCAAUCCAGCAGAGUGCCAACUGAAUGAACCUGGUGGCCUUUCUAUGGAUCACACUAAUCAACUACUCUACAUUGCUGAUACAAAUAAUCACACAAUAAAGCUGUAUGAUUUUGAAACAAAUACUAUGUCAAAGCUUCAGAUUCAAUAUCCUGACACAAAGAAAGCUGUGGAUGUCACUGACCUCUCAAUUGCUUUAUCACAAAUCACCAAACCAAAACGCAUCACACCCAAAAGCGCUCGUGUCAUAGAAAUGGAUUGUUUAGCAGCUCCCCCUGGUGGGAAAGUUGUGAUUUUACCUCAGAUUUCGUUAAGUGGAGAUCUCAGUCUGACAGAUGGCGCACCAAGUGCUUGGCUUGUAUCCUCAGAAGAUGAAAAGAUGUCGGAAUUAUUGGCAGGUGCAGACAACACUCAGGGCCUCUUCCUUGGCCUUGAAGAUCAUCCCAUGGUGACCUUGACAUUCCCACCAUCUUGGAUUGACAACUCAUACACCGAACUGACUGUUGAAUAUAUGCUCUAUUAUUGCGACAAUAUUGGAGUGUGUAAAAUGAAGGGGAUUGUCUUUAAACAACCGAUACAUAUAACUUCCACCGAACGGACUAAAGUGCAAAGCAAGAUGUUCAAUUAUAACAUAGACAGCUAGAUCAUUGAGCCAACAAUGAAAUCAGUUUGUUCCCAUGUACAAUGAAAAGUCCUUCAAGACCUAGUGCUUUGAACAAUAACUACCCACCACUGUCACAAUAUUAAACACA